AAAGGAACCUUUCUCUUUGUUCCGGCCUCAGUGGAGCAAACAUGGCGGCGGAGGGAGACGUCGAUCUGGACCUGGAAGCUGAAGAAAACUGCACUGGAAAACCGGCAGAAAAGCCUCGGAAACAUGACAGCGGAGCCGCUGACCUGGAGAGAGUCACGGACUAUGCGGAGGAGAAAGAAAUCUCCAGCUCGGACCUGGAAACGGCGAUGUCAGUGAUUGGAGACAGGAGGUCACGAGAACAGAAAGCCAAACAGGAGAGAGAAAAAGAGUUGGCCAAGGUCACCAUCAAGAAAGAGGAUGUAGAACUAAUUAUGUCAGAGAUGGAGAUUUCGCGGGCCGUGGCAGAACGCAGUCUGAGGGAACACAUGGGGAACGUGGUGGAGGCUCUGGUGGCUCUGACCAACUGAACAAAACAACAUUUACACACUGGACUGCUUCACUUUGUUUUUUUUUUUUUUAACCAGAGCUCAUCAAGACAAUGAGACUGAACUCUGCAGUCACCGGCUGUUGUGAUGUAAUCUUCACCCCAAAUCAUUUUUCUUUUUUAAAAUAAAAAUUUUGUUCACCUUU